CGUGAGUCAUGUAGAGUAUCUUUCGUAAGCUUAAGAUACGAAUGCGCUAGCGUCAACGGACAAGUUAGGAAGGAUGGCGACAGCUCGCGGACUUGCACUGGGUCAAGUACUGUUCUAGGUUACAGUGUCAGGAAUGAAGCAAAAUCGCUCAUAUGCAGUCCCCCAGGUUGGUCAAGCCGUCCUUCCAUGCCGCAGCGCCUCAGGACCAACCCAUGGCACUUUACGCAGGCUGAAGCCCUACGCGCUCGUAGCUAUGGCAACGAUGCUGCCUCAUUGGAACUCAAGGUGUUGGACUUGGCCAAACUCGUCCGUACGGCCCAGGAUUGCCAGCAGCAGAGUGAUUUGCUUCAUGGCCUGCAGGUCCAGCAGCUAGGGGCCGGGCUGCAGACGCUGCGAUCACAGGUACUGCAGCUCCAGUCCGCAGUCUUCGAGGCAUCUCCUGAUCCGUCACGAAACGAUACAUGCAGCUGGCAGUCCCCAAACACCGUAUCGGCUGCAGCAACUGCAACAAUAACAACAGCAGUACCCGCAGCGGGCUCUGCAACGGUGCCAGCAGCAACAGCUGCUUCCGCUGCAAGCUCUUCGACAUGCCAUGCGUGCGGCAGUCGCCUGACUCUUACCAGCACCAGCGGUGGCGGCAGCUGCAGGUCCGAUGACACAUUUACGAAAGCAGUCAGCAGCGACGAGGGGCAGCCACAGCCGCAGCUGGGACUGGCGCGGAGGAGUGAGCUGCGGGCGCUGAUGGCGCGUGUGGAGACCCUGGAGGGCGCCGUACAGCGGUCGUGCGAGGCUACUAGGCGGGUGGAGGAGGCGCGCGAUAAGCGGCUGCUGGCGCUGGAGGCCGCCCUCGCCGCCAGCUCCGCGGACCGUGACGUCACCAGCAGCACGCAGCGCUGGGACCAGCAGCAGCGCGACCAAGACGUACGGCAGCUGCGAGAGAUGUGCGCGGAGCUGGGCGCGCGUGUGGGCGGCAUGGCGGCAUGGUUGGGCGUUGAUGAUGCUGGGUGGGAGCGGAGGGAGGGCGGGAGCGAGUGUAUGCUGGGUGGCACGGCAGCAGUGAGUGGGGAGGCGGCGACGACUUGCGGAGGUAUAACGCCGUGGCAGGGCAGUGAUGCCUGGAGUGAGGGAGCGGCUGCACUUCCUCCCAGGUUGCAUGCGGCUGUGCAAAGGUGUGCAGAGGCUGCUGCGGCUGCUGCGUGGGGCGCCUGGGAGACUCGCAUGACCAGCUGGCAUGAAGCUGAAUCGUCGCGACUGCAAACCCUGGCAGGCGCCGUGCGGAGCCUCAGUCUCGCCCACCAAGCCCUGACAUCCCCUUUGGAGCGCUUGGCCCUCCUCUGCCCGCGCCUGCUCGCCACACUCGAAGCCUUGCAGCGUUGCGGCGCGGCAGCUGAUGCCACGGCGACCGACAGCACAGGCCGCCACCGACCCAUGAGUCAUGAGGCUGCGGCGGCUUCCGCGCAGCAGCAGCAGCAGCAGCAGCGGCUGCAGCCGGUGCAGGAGGCAUGCACCCUGGCGAAGGAGGCUGGGGACCUGUUGGCGGGACUUACGAAGGCGCUGGCAGAGGCCCUGGCGCCGGAGGAGCAGCAGUCGUUUGCAUCUGCGGCGAGGUAUGCCAGCAGUUUGGACUCCCUCUCCCAGUCCCUGCUGCCCCAGCAGUCAGUCCCCAGCAGCACCACAGCCCGGGCAGCAGGCAAGCCUCCCCAGCAGCCCCGACCGCAUCAGCCACCUCCCCAGCAGCAGCAGCCGCACCGUAAUAACAACAGCAACAGCCAUCAGCAGCAGCUGCGACCUGGCGCGUCCAGUGACCCAACCAACGCCGACAUGGCAAUACCCCUUGCCAAUCUGCGUGAUGCGCACACAAACAGCAGCAGCAGCCCGCUGCGUGCCAGCCGGCAACUGAUGGCUCAGCCGCAAUCUCCGAAGCCCCAUGCGGCUGCAGCGCCCAUGCAGCCGGUCGGAAGCCCCCAACCGCAACAACCCCAACCACAGCCGGGGAUGCGUCUCGGCGCAAUGCAGCAACACCAUCAGCUACAACACGACCGGAUUCAGGCGGAUAAACAUGUAAUGCGGGUCCCUGGCCCUCGCAGCUGCAUGCCAGGCGUCGGACCUGUCCCACCGGGUGCUACAGGCGGCACCGCGCCGUCGCGCGAACCCGCCAGCAUCCCCACCAUCUCCCUUGCGGACCUCUCCACUCCCUUUUUGCGCGCCGGUGCAGCAGCAAUGGCGACCGCAGGAGCCGCAGCGCCGGCGGCGGGAGGGGCGGUCUGGCAGCAGGCAGCUGGGACGUCAGACGUAAGUAGGCCCAUGCCGCUGCACGAGACCUCGACAGCUGCUUCUGCUACGGCUUCAUCUUUGGCUGGAGGUGGCAAACAUGGCUUCGCUGUCGACGCAGCCACAAUAAACGACCCCUGGGUCACGGCUGCCUCCGGUGCCGUGCAACCUCCUGAUCUUCGAGCCCAGCUGACCGCGCAUGUGGAUCAAGCAUUGCGCGGUAUCGCGUCAUCGGCCUCGCUGCUGCAUGCAGGCGUCGCAUCUGUGUCAGCGUCCGCUUCAGCAUACUCGGCACAAUUCGCUGCAGGGCUGAUGGGUGCGGGUGAACAAAGAUCCGCUGGGAGCUUUGCCACCAGCGACGCCGCAGCAGCCGGUGUAGACCCCGCCGCGCUGCAUGACAUGGCCGCGGCGAGCUACCGUGGGCUAUCGGGCGAAGAGAAGCGCAGCGAAGGCAAUGGCGACGAAGACUGGGAAGCUGAUGGCUGGCUGAGCGAACCGGACGGCCUAGGAGACGGCUACCCUGCGCGUGUAGCAGCUCGCAGGAAUGCGGGAAAGAGCAAUGGGAGCUUCACCAGCAGCACAGGUGCGCGCCGCAAGGAUGUGCGGGGAGGCCGCGGCUCUGCAAGCAUGGUGGCUGACGAUGUGGCAGCCAGCAGGAAACGCUCAUCAGCGUCCCGCCAGGCUCCAUCGAGCCCUCCAUACCCGAGAGGCGGUGGUGGCUGUACUGUGACCCGUGGGUCACUUCGAGUCACAGCGUCUUCAUACGGCAGUACUGGUAGCGGCAGCGCCUUGCAUGGCGUGAUACCAUUGCGGGCUAGUUUCAGCUGCCCUGGGGAGGCCCCUAGCGCACGGCGGCGGAGCUCUAUGACCCGCAGCCUAGAGCUUCUGCAGCAGCAUCAGCAGCAGCUGCCUCGCUCGCUAUCCGAAAAGGGUUUGUACGGCUCAACAAACAGCAGCAUAAAGCCACAGCAACCUGCGCAGCAACGGGCAUUUGGAGCGGGACCCGGCCGCUCUUCAGAGGCGCCGUCUAGUGCCCGUACGACAUCAACGCGAAGGGCGGCAGGCGCUGCCGACCCACGGGACGGGAGAGCCGCGUCUGCAAGGAGCUUGUCGUACGGCAGCACGGGUGCUGAGGGGGCUGGCAGAAGCAGCGGGAGUGCAGGUGCUAGGCUGAGGAGUGCGGUGGGGGGUCUGCAGGGCCGCGGUUCUGAGGGUAUGGGUGGGGAGGUGGGCCGUUCGGUGCGGUUUAGCACUUAUCAGGCUGUUAUAUACUGAGCAGCUAGCGGUAACACAUGCGCGGCGGGCUUGCAAAGCGUUGGUUGGGUGGUCUUCUUGGACGGGUGCUCAUUUACUUGUCAUCCUCCGUUCAGGGAAAUCUCUUACGUGGGAGACGCGGGAAUGAGGGGUACAGACAGCAGCGGGGAAGGGCUCGCGGCUUUACGACUUGAUACGAAGGAUGCAUGGUGCCUUUCUUGAACAGUCACAACUACACGAGGUCCAUAUUUCAUUGUUGUGGAUUCGCUUACCGGUAACUAGUGUUAUGAACUUACAAAGACAACGCCUAACACAUUAGGUCACCUAACCGCCGCUCCCCCCUCGCGAGACACGGUUGGCAGCACCCCUGUUGAAUGUGCAGUUGUCCCCGAAACCCAUGCAUGGCCCUACGUCCCAUUUUGCCAUCUAAACACCUUAACGUCCAAGUCUCGGCAAGGCGCAGAGCCUACAAACGUUCUAGUCCACUGAGAGCAAGGCGGAGGUAAUAAGGAAAGCCAACCAUGCAAAAAACGUAUACAAUCG